AAAAAUAUUCUAAUGAAUGGGAAAAAUAUGCUAAAGGAUGUGAAAAACAAGCUAAUGAAUGUGAAAAACAUAAAAAAGAAGUGGAAAAUAAAAUUAACGAAAUUAUAACAACCCAUCUCAACAUAAAUAUAACUGAAGCCGAAAAACUAACCACAGUUGGAAAAUUAGAUACGAUCCUAAAUACUAUAAAACAAAAAGUAAAAGAAUAUUUAAAAUUGCUUGAAAUCUUUUUUCAAACUGGUGAUAGUUUGAUGUCUAUGCUUAAAAAAUUAGUAAAAGCCUGUGAAGAAAUUGGAAUAACCGGUCCUGUUCAAGAAAUGUUAUUAAGAUGUCUAAAAAUGUUGAAUCCUAAAACUCAAAUAAAUGAUCCUAAAUCAUUUGAUGGAAAACUAGAAUAUGGAAGUAUAGAUGUUUUGGUAAAAACUUGCUAUGAAAACAGUAGAUAUAUUAUAAACAAAGAACGAUUUGAAGAUAGAUACAAAAUUAGUUUUGUAAGAAAAUUAAUGAGAUGUUAUUAUUAUUUAGUCAGAAAAAGCAACCCAUUAAGCGUAAAAACAAUGGCUAAAAAUCUAUUCAAAAUAAAUGAUCCAGAAAGUGAAAAAAUGUUUAACAGGAAAAUAUGGAAAAAUAUCAUUAAAAAAGAAUAUAACUCAUUUCCUGUUUUUAAUCCCAAAUACAAUUAUAUUAACAUAAUAGUAAAAGAGUUAGGUUACAAUUCGUGGGAUACACUUAAAUAUGAUGAAAGUUUUUCUGAAAAAUUACAUCAUUGUCAUAGAUAUUUACAAGUCGAAAUAAAUGAAAACGCAGAAGAAG